UCACAAUUUCUAUAUGAAGAACUUUCAGCGAUAUCAUCAAACUGUACGGGUUGCUCUUCUCUCUUUCUGUAUACUAUAUAUAUCCUCUUCUCAAUCUCCAGGAAAAACUGAAAAUCCAUUGUGAAGCUUUAAUCCUACAUUUAAAUUCUUCUUUCGACGAUCAAAUGCCGAAAAUAGAAACAAGAGAAUUUUGUUUUUCUCCAAAAAGUUUGCCAAAAACAAGGAUGAAAGAACUUUGUUGUUCUCCAAAAAGUUCAACAACUGAUCAUAGUACUUCUCCAUCAAGUACUUCACUAUUCUCUUCCCCUUCACGUUUCUCAUUUUUAUCUCCACGACCCAGUUUUUCUGAUUCAGUUAUCAACCGUACACUUGAGAUGGCUGAACCCAUGAUCAUGAAAUGGAACCCUAACACAACUACGUUCUCGAAAGUGACUUCUCUGUUCUACGAAAACAGAAGAGAAGCCAAAGAUUUCGUCAAAUGCGUGUAUAACUUACAAAAGGCUAUGCAUUUUCACUCAACUGAGAAUGCCAAAUCCGAUAAGCUCGUUCGUGCUCAAUCUCUAAUGCAAAUCGCGGUGAAAAGGCUACAAAAAGAGUUUUACCAGAUUUUGUCGAUGAAUAGAGUUCAUUUGGAUCCUGAAUCUAUAACUACUGUGUCUUCUAGAACUUCGUUAAGUACUCGCUCGAGCACUUCUGAGUUCGAAGGUGAUCAGGAUGAUGAUGAUCGUGUUGUGAUUGCUGGUGAAUCUGUUUCUGAAGUUGAGGUUGUGUCUAAUGUUGCAAUGAAUGAUUUGAGAUUAAUAGCAGAUUGUACGAUUUCUUCAGGUUACACCAAUGAGUGUGUGAAGAUUUACAAAGUUAUACGUAAAUCAAUCAUCGAUGAAGCUAUUUAUAAACUCGGUGUUGAGAAACUGAGUUCUUCACAAGUUCAUAAAAUGGAGUGGGAAGUUUUGGAAAUGAAGAUCAAGGAUUGGCUUCACGCUGUUGAUGUAGCGGUGAAAACAUUGUUCAAUGGAGAGAGAAUUCUCUGCGAUCACGUUUUUUUAUCGAAUGAUUCGAUCAGAGAGAUGUGUUUUACUGAAAUAUCAAAAGAUGCAGCCAUGAUUCUGUUUAGUUUCCCGGAAAAUAUAGCGAAAAACAUCAAAAAGUCGCCGGAAAAAGUGUUCCGUCUGCUCGAUUUGUACACCGCUAUCGCGGAACACUUGCCGGAGAUUGAAGCUAUAUUUUCUUCUGAUUUAGAAUCCGUUAUCCGGUCUCAAGUAUUAACAUCACUUGUCAAGCUCGCCGAGUCUAUAAGGACGGGGUUAACCGAGUUUGAAACUGCUCUACAAAAGGACUCGUCAAAAGCACUGGUUGCGGGAGGAGGAAUACAUCAUCUCACAGUCGAAGCAAUGAAUUACAUCACUCUACUUGCUGAUUACAGCAAUGUACUCUCCGAUAUCCUCGUCGAGUCUCCUCCUCCAAGUAGAAAUUCGUUACCGGAAUCAUACUUCGGUAUCUCUGAUUCCAACGAGUCACCCGCGCCGGUGAUAUCACUCCGAUUCGCUUGGUUGAUUCUCAUUCUUCUCUGCAAACUAGACGGCAAAGCGAAGCACUACAAGGACGUUUCCCUCGCGUAUCUCUUCCUAGCCAACAAUCUCCAAUACGUAGCUGUAAAGGUCCGUUCGUCGAAUCUCAAGUACUUGCUAGGUGAAAAUUGGAUAUCGAAAUAUGAGGAAAAGGUCAAACAGUUCACGUCAAACUAUGAACGGCUAGGAUGGAGCCACGUCAUCGAGUCGCUACCGCGAGAAUCAAACGCUACAAUGGCUCCACAACAAGUGAAGGAGAUUUUCAAGAGAUUCAAUUUGUCGUUCGAGCAAGUUCACCGUAAGCAUUCCCUGUGCGUUAUAGCUGAUAGUAAACUCCGCGAUGAUUUGAAAGUGUCAAUUGCAAGUAAAAUAGUUCCGUUGUAUAGAGAGUUUUACAAUAACUAUAGAGAUGCGAUAGUAAGAGAGAGACAUUCAGCUCAUGUGAUUAGAUUUUCGCCAGAGGAUGUAAGGCAUCAGUUGUCCGAUUUAUUUUUUGGACCGAUCGAAUUGGAAAAUUGUUUAUCGUUUGAGUUUUCUCCAUAGCUAUUGCGAUAAAAAAAAGUUUAUUU